AUGGAACUUUUGCGUUCUACGAAGUAUGUCUCGUCAUUUUUUGCGCUACUCGAGAAGUUACACUACUCCCCUGGAGACACGCUGCGUGGCGUGGUUGAGAUUGUGGUGGAAAAGCCAGUUUCUUACACCACACUUGAGGCCUGUAUUAUAGGCGAGGAGAUUACGCAGUUAGGUGUGGCGCUGAUGAGGCGGAUCGACAUGCAGGCACGCCACACGACAUUCUACCGUCAGAACAUUAUACUGGCGGGUGAUCCUCCCAACCCUGGGACACGCUCUGUCUCCCAUGAGGAGUACGGCAAAUGUGUGAGUAGCACCAUGAAUAGCCCCGCGGAAGACUCGAGUUCCACGCACGCUGUUACAAAAGGGCUUACGCCCGGGACGUACACCUUCCCUUUCUCCGUGCAGCUACCAGAUGUAUUACCGCCAUCAUACGUUGAUAAACGCAACAGUGGCUUGUCAAAGCUGUCGUAUCACGUGCGUGUAAAACUCCUUAAUGGAAAACGUUUGUUGGUGAAGCACAAAGCGUGCUUUAGUCUCAAGAUGCUUCCAGUAAACCCGAAGCAGUGGAUUGACGCGCACAUGAAUUCGAGCUCUUGCUCAACUGUUCUCCCCCAAUCAUCAGUCGUAUCAGAUGGCAUGAAUGGUGCAACGGCGCAACAGAAUUUGAGUGAGAGCAAUGCGGCAAUCAGAACGGUCUUUAUUGAUCACUGCAUCUCUCUGAGCAAUGUGGCAAAACCCACUGUCGAAUGCGACAAUGUGAAGUUGGGGAUAGAGAGUGGUAUUUCUUUGUGCAGCGCGCAGACAUUGGAAGAUAAGGCUAAGCACGAUUCUGUUAGGGGGUAUAGAAGAGUCCCUGUGCAUAAUUGGACGAUAGUCAAAUCCGCGGACCAUAGCAACGAGAGAAAAAAAGGUGAGGAUACUGAAAAGAACUGGGCUUCUGCAGCAAAGGAAGAAAGUAAAGGGAAACCAAAAGCUGGACAGGCUCCAGCUGAGUCAGGGCGAGGGGCAGCUGCGGACGACCUCCCUGCCGCCUUUUUCAAGGACACCCCUGCUUUGGUAUGUCAGAUUGAAGUUCCCAUGUAUUGCAUCCUUAAGAAGGGCUUUGCAAAUGUGUGUCUUACGGUUUUUCAGGUCAUUGGCACAUAUGGAACCCCAAUCAGAUUUUGUGGCGUCAUUGACAAUACGAAAGGUGUGUCACCUGUGAAAAAAAUCACCUUCCGGCUCGUUAACCGGACCAUUAUGAGGUCGCUCGUGGAGGAACAUUACUAUGGUACCUUAUUGGUAGAGAAGGUGAUCCAUGAAACGGUUCCUCGAGGACAGAGCUAUGGGAUUUCAGAAACACAGUUGGUCAUCCCUACUGACUCUCCGUUGACGCUGCUUACACCUGGGUACUCGAGCCGCAUCUUUCUUGAAGUUAAGCUCUCCUACGGCAGCAAUCUUGUGAACCAAUCGGGAGUAGCAGGAGUGGAGAUUGCUGUUGUGGACCACUUCGUGGACUCGGAAAACUCUCAGCUUUGUGGGCAGUGGACCAACUACUAUGGUCAGGGGCUAAAGAAAAAAGCGUGUUCCUCGCCAGACAUCUUUUGCUCCUUUACAAAAACAGGAGCCAUGAAGGUUAUUCAGGCAGGUGGGGAGCGGGAUCAUGACUCCCCUUGCUACUCAUGCCCUUCCACAGCAUCCAGUCAAGAGGAGAUUGAGGCACCGGGAGGAAGCCAGGAGAAGAGUGUGCUCAAUUUUGAUGAGGUUGUAUACUGCGCACACCCUGUGAGUGGAGUUAAUCCGCUGAGUCAUGUUUCCUGA